AUGGCUGCAAAACUUGACAUGGCACCACUACAGUGUUUCGAUCCCCAUAGCGAUCAAAGUAACCUUGCUGCGCGUUGGAAAACAUGGAUUAAACGAUUUCAAACAUUCCUCAAAGCAGCUAACGUCUCGAAUAAAACACAGCAGCGAGCAUUGCUACUCUACCAAGCAGGCCCUGAAGUUCAGGACAUUUUCGAAACACUCGCCGAUACGGGAAGAGACGAUGAUAUGGACGCGGCAAUCAAAAGUCUCACAGAAUAUUUUGCUCCAGCACAAAACACAGAUUUUGAAAUAUUUCGUUUUCGCCAAGCAAAGCAACAACCCCAAGAAACUUUGGAGACUUUUCACACUCGCUUGAGGAAACUGGCUCAAACAUGUUUAUUUCCGACAGAUUCAAUGUAUAGAGAAAUAAAACAGCAAAUUAUUCAAGGUUGCUCGAGUUCCUCAUUGCGGAAGUACGCCCUGAAAACAAAGGAGGUCACAUUAAAAGACAUUUUGGUGAAAGGCAAAACAGAUGGAAUCAGUAAAGAACAGGCAAAAGAAAUAGAGAGUCAAACCACAGAGCCAACAGAAAAAUUGCCAGCCAUGAAAAUCGAGCUCAAACCGGACAGACCGAGUGGGAAAGGAAUAACACAACAAAAACGCAAUUCUGCAAAUCUACCUUCACGGAAACCAGCUAUUUGUUACAACCGUGGAUUCGAUUACCCUCAUCGAAAUAAACCCUGCCCUGCCAAGGGAAAAGUGUGCAGUUACUGCAAGAAACAAAAUCACUUCACUCGCUGUUGCAGACAACGUCAGAAAAGCCAACAAAACCGCGAGAAAGUAAACAUAGUAUAA